AUGCCCCAUCAAGUACAUUCCGACUCUAAUGAUCCUUUGUACACACUCUCUAAUGGCCAGCCAAGCGACAAGCCCGGGUCUGCUCGGCAGGUUCGUUACGGUGAUACAAACGGCGGCCUACUCGUCUUGAAUGAUGUUCAAUUGGUUGAAGUUCUCGCUCAUUUUGCCCGUGAGCGUAUUCCUGAACGGAGCGUUCACGCAAAAGCAGCUGGUGCUUUCGGAGAAUUCGAGCUAUUGGAGGACAUAUCAGAUUUGACCGACGCAAACUUCCUGACCGGAGUCGGAAAGAAAACAAAGAUGCUGAUGCGCAUAUCGACCGUUGGUGGAGAGAAAGGUUCCAGUGACACUGUGCGGGAUGUUCGGGGCUGGGCAACAAAGCUUUACACCGAAGAAGGUAUUCAGGAUUUUGUAUUCAAUGAUCUUCCAGUCUUCUUCAUUCGGGACCCGAUCAAAUUUCCGUCGAUGAAUCGAAGUCACAAGCGACACCCGCGAACUAAUGUGCCGGAUAAUACCAUGUUCUGGGACUUCCAUGUCCACAAUCCGGAAGGCAUCCAUGCCUUGAUGCACUUGUUUGGACAGCGUGGUAUUCCAGCAUCGCUCCGACAUAUCAAUGGGUUCGGUGUUCAUACUUACACCUUGAAUCGAGCUGCAAGAUGGGAGACCCUAGACGCAGAUGAGGCGGUUCGCCUUGCCGGGUCGGAACCAGACUACCAUGUGAAAGACCUCUUCCAUGCGAUCGAGAAGGGUGACUAUCCAAGCUGGUCCGUUUACGUCCAGGUCAUGACGCCUGACCAGGCCAAGUCUGCGCCCAUCGACAUUUUUGAUGACACAUACACCUGGCCCCAUGAGCAGUACCCCCUGAGACUGGUCGGCAGAAUGACCCUGACCAAGAAUCCUGAUAACUAUUUCCAAGACAUCGAGCAAGCCUGCUUCUCCCCCUCCAACAUGGUUCCGGGUAUUGGGCCAUCAGGUGACCCAGUUCUGCAAGCCAGGAUGUUCAGCUACCCAGAUGCUCAUCGCUACCGCGUUGGCCCUAACUAUUUUCAGCUGCCACCCAAUAGACCGGUCAAUUCUGUGUACUCGCCAUUCGUUCGAGAUGGUCCAGGAACCAUGAACGGCAACUACGGAGGGGACCCGGACUAUAUCUUCUCGGAGUAUCGGCCUGUUAGCCUGAGUAAGCGUACCCGAGCAGCAACGCACGAGCAAUGGUCCGGGCAGGUCAGUGUGUUCUCGACAACAGUCACAGAUAAGGAUUUUGUGCAACCCCGAGAACUCUGGAAUAUCAUCUGCAAAGAGCCUAAUGGGAAAGAGGAGUUUCUACACAACAUCAUACCGACGUUGGUAGAUGUUCCGACAAAGCUCCAAGAAGAAGUCCUUGACUAUCUUGGACGUGUCGACCAGGGCCUCAAGCAAGCACUUCAACAGGCGCUCGCGACAUAA